UCAGCCACAUGAAAACAUUAAUUAUGAACAAUAUUUUACGAAACAAUGUAUAAAGGCAUGUAUAAAGUAAUAUAAUUUGUUAACCGGUAUUUGUUAGUUUUUAUUUAUUCAUUUCGUAGAGUAUUGCCCAUGAAACAAAAGUAGCUUAAUAACAGUUUCUUAAGCAAAAGUUUGCUUAAGAGCUGUUUAUUUGCUUCUUAUAUGUAUGUACAGCAAAAAUGUUUGCAAGGGUUUUCAAUACUGGACGCAGUCAGUCAUUCUUAGUGCGGAAGUGGUAAUGAAAAUACAAGUUUGUAUCAAAUCGAGAUGGUGUCUCAAGCACAUGUGCACAUUUUCUUUGAUUAAUGAAGAUUAAUGUGCUCUGAAGACAUUGGAUUGAUUUGAUGCAAUCAUGCAGUUCUAUUAACGUUCCUCAUUUUUGAAACUUCUACGAUAGUCCAGUAGUAAAAAAUACGUAGUACCUAUUUCUUUUAUUCCCCCACAAAUAGCUAAAACGUCGCAGAAUCACACAGCGUGUUAGUAUUAAAAUUGUACGAGAACUUUACACUUUAAGACGGGAACAAAAAUGCACUGUAAAGCAAUAAAUACAUAACACCUAGUUUGUUUAACAUGUUUAUUUUUUCCCUAGUCAUCCGAGCAUGCACAACAAAGAUAUUGUUGCCCGAUCAUUGACAAAGAAGUACAGCAUGCUGAGGUCCAUCAACGCCGAAAUUCCACAAGCCUUGUGGUUUUAUCCAAAUGGUAGAGGACCUGGAAAACACAGUGGAAAGAUUCACUACCACAUUGAAUACAUGGUCAAAAAGGACCGGAAACAAGUUCGAUCCAAGACACCGGCGGAAUCGAACGACACUUCUCCAAUUGAAGGUAACGGAAGCCAGGCAUGUGACAACGAAACCCUACUUGCAAUGAUUGAGAAACUGAAGUACAUCGUACCAACGGAUGCAUCGUUGGAGGUCAUCAAAGACGACUGGAUGCAAACAUUCGAUGCAAGGAAAAAAAUCAGGGACAGCAAAGACGUCGCAACAUUGGUUGACAGGAUGAUUGAAAAUUUUCCAUUGUCGAUUGAGUUUGACGGAUCAUUGAUUGCUACCGAUUUUGCUUUGAUGUUUCCGAAUGCCACGAACUUCCUGGAUACAUGGGACUCGAUUCAAUCUAAGAUCGCUGAAAGGCAUCACUCCUUGCACACAUCCAUGAAAUCUCAAUUUUUUCGAACACUAAUGAUUGUUAAGGAGAAGAAUCCAUCCCGAGGUGUGAAACGCGUCGUCAAAGGAGCCCAAAAAAUCACGAACCUGUUGGAAGGUGUUAUCGAGUGGAUAAAUCAUGAAGAUGACGUUCAGCAGUUCGCCGCUUCGUACGCUAAGACCAGACUUCCAGUGCUGGUAAUCAAGGGACCGCAAUACGAGGAUACAGAGGAAGCAGAAGCGUACGUCUGCUUGAACAAACGCGCGUUUGCAGCUGGGACAGAUGUUCGACGAGCAUUUCUACUUCUCAUACAAACGUUCUAUUUCUUCAACCUGAAGUUCGAAGCUUCGCUCUCCAACUUCUACAACGUCUUCGUAGGGGGGAGUCUUGAACAUCGACAAAAUGUCUACAACAGUUGACGACUUUUUUUUUCAAGUUGAACUAAAUUAAUAUUUCAAACAGAUCAUGUUCAUUCACAUAAAAGUAUGUAAUAAAACCGUUCAUCACAUGCCUUCUUUCGCGGUAUUUAAAUCUCGAUUAACUUGUAUAACUCGGAUAUCAAUAUUUGGAAUCGAUCAGUAUUUUUGCAUUAUAGAAGAAGGAAUACAGACAAACAGAUGUAACACUAAUCAUUUCCUUAUACUUACCAGGUAUAGGGGAUACCGUGAUCAUAAAUAAACUAAUUAUUCCCAUCGUACACCGAUUCAACGACCAAUUUUAAAAUGUGCUAGUUGGUCCACAGCCCACCCGUGACGACCACAUCGAUUUUGUUCUAGUUUAACGUUUGCUCGCUACCGGCACCUAGUUGACCCGAAAGUUGGCCAAAGUAAUUCUUUUUAAGGCGGAUAUAUUUCCGUGACUAUGUUUUGAAUCGAAAAUUGUUCGAGUGUUGUCUGUUUGUCUGUGACGGAAUAUUGAUAUUUUUCAAAUAAAAUUCGAGAAAUAUGAUAGUUGGAUGAUAAUCGAGAUUCAGAUAUCGCGCUUCGCUUUAUUUUUGAUUUCUAGAAAAAAAAAAUAAUAAAAUAAACUAAUAACUGAAUCCCUUCAGCGAAAUUAUCAAAUUUUGCUGAUUACUAUCAGCAAAAUGGCUGUCAAAUUCGGUUUGCUCGAAUAUACUGAGCUUCCAGCAAUUUGGUACAACUUGCUGAAAUUUCAGUAAAAACCUGUAAACAAAAUUGACAUUUCAAAUUGCUGAAUUUUUCAGCAAUUUUAUUUUGCUGAAACGUUUGCUGUAAUUUCAGCUCGGCAAAAUUCAGCAAAAUUUUGCUGAAUUACAGCGAAAAAAAUUUGGUG